AUGUCCUAUAAACCAGACGAACCUGCAUAUGUCCUUCUUCAGGAGAGGGUGAAUUUUGUCUCCGUCGCUCUCGGAGGCAUUGCAUAUGGAAUUCAUUUGGCAGUUUUCGCAACGACCGUGAAUUUUCUUGUCAAGGUUCCGUCAAGAGGCAAAAUAUCCUGGCCUUACCUUACCUUUGUUGUUGCCUUGCUUGCAUGUGGAACAAUACAGCUUGCUGUUUUAAUAAAAACAGACGAAAUGAUGUUCAUAGACGAUAGGAACUAUCCUGGUGGACCAAUUGCGUUUGGUAUGGCCGACUUCAGUGAUCCAAUACAGACAACUGGAGAUGCUGCCUACAUUAUUGCUAAUAUUUUGGCGGAUGGAGUUCUUAUCUACCGGAUUUUUGUUCUUUGGGGAAGGAACUAUCUUAUUCUAGGUAUCCCAGUCUUGAGUUAUUUUGCAAUUAUUGCUUUGGGCAUAUUGGUUGUUUACCAGGCUGCACAACCUGGUGCAAAUCUAUGGAUCCAUUCUGAAAUCCCAAUUGUUGUACCAUAUUGGUCCUUAUCCAUAGCCCUCAACAUAGUCAUCACUCUUGCAAUUGCUUAUCGCAUGCUCAAAUCUCGAAGAACAGUCAUACAGACACUCGGUCAGGAACACUCCAAGAUCUACACCUCAGUCACUUCAAUGCUUAUUGAGUCUGCGGCUCUUUACUCUGUUACCGGGAUUGUUUACAUUGUCUGUUAUGCACGGAACAGUACUAUUCAGAAUGCUGUACUCCCAAUAAUGGAUCAAGUUGUAUGCAUUGCACCCGAACUUAUUGUGAUGAGAGUUGCUCUUGGACGAGCAUGGUCAAGGGAUACAACCAUCCCUGUUGAUGCUAUCAAGUUUGAAAGCCCGCCGUCAGAUUUGAAGGCCAGACGAAACGAUACAUAUAACUGCUCAUCUGCAACCGUGAUUUCCGGUUCAGUAUCUAUGUAUGGGGAGCAAAGUCAGAUUGGUGGAAGGCUUGAAGAGCAAGAAUGUUGUGUUUGA